GAUUUUUAAACUGCCCGGGCUCCGUGUGCCCUGUGGAGGAAAUGGUGAUGGGAAGUUAACGGACGGUGAGGCGGUGUGAGCCGGCCCUGAGCCCGACCCCGCGUCCCCCGGGGGGCGUGGGUGGUCGGUCGGUCGGUCACAGCAUGGACAGCAAGAUAGCGGCGGGUCCGUACCGAGCCACCAAGCUGUGGAAUGAAACUAUUGAGUUAUUUCGAGCUAAGAUGCCCCUGAAGAAGCAUCGUCUUCACUUCCGUACUUAUGAUUCUUGCUUUGCUGCCUCAGAAGGUGUUGAUUGGUUGCAUAAAUUCCUAAGAAGUAAUCACAAUUUUGGGCCUGAAGUUACUCGUUACCAGACUGUGCAGUUACUCAAAAAGUUCUUAAAAAACCAUGUGAUUGAAGAUAUAAAAGGAAGAUGGGGAAAAGAAGAUUUUGAAGAUAAUAAUCGGUUAUACAGGUUUCCACCAUCAUCUCCCCUUAAGCCUUAUCCCAAAAAGUCACCUUAUUUAGGUGGUGACGUUUAUCCUAAAUUUCCAAAUUGGAAUGACUAUGAUGUUCCAAAGUCUGGACCUGUACCAGUAAGGCCUAUAAUUUUGAAUUCUUACUUGUGGCACAAGCGCCAUAGCAUUGCAAUUGGAGAAGUAUCUGAAUGUAGAAUUGUACGACGGGAAGAGGUUUCACAAGCAACUGUGGAAGAAAUCUGGAAAUCAAUGACCCUAACACAUUUACAGAAGAUUCUUGGCCUUGCUUCUCUAGAAGGAGUUCUGGAUUCCAAACUACUCAAUCCCAAGCAUAUCAUCUAUAAUGUUCAACAUAUUAAUAAACAAGGAGUAGUAAUUCUAGAAAAUAAACAGGAAGAGCUUCCACACUGGGUUCUUUCAGCCAUGAAGUGUUUGGCAAACUGGCCAAAUGGAACAGAUUUGAACCGACCCAUGUACCCAGGGUUUGAAAGAGAUGUAUUUAAGACCAUAGCAGAUUACUUUCAAAAGACAAAGCAGCCAUUGCUAACAUUUGAGUUCUAUGAGCUCUUUAUCAACAUUUUAGGUCUUUUGCAACGAAAGAAAGAUGGUAUCGAAGCUCUUCAAGUUUGUUGCCUCCUUUUGCCCCCGGAAAACCGAAGAAAGCUGCAGCUCCUGAUGCGAAUGAUCACUCGUAUUGCUCAAAAUGUAGAAAUGCCACCACUUCAUGAUGCUGUUGCAAACAGAAUUUUGAUGAUUCAAACCUUCUCUCGCUGUAUCCUGUAUUCAGAGGAUGAAGUGGAUCUUGAUGAGUUGCUUGCUACUAGACUUGUAAGUUUCAUGAUGGACCAUUGCCAAGAUAUUUUGAAAGCUCCUGACCAUCUACAAAGUGCAGUAGAGGAACAUUUAGCCCAUCUUCGAAGAGUUCAGAUAAAAUAUGCAGAUGCUGACACCUGUGAUGCUACACUGGCUUCUUACACCUCUUGUCAGAUUACUACUGAAGAUUGUAAAGAACAGAGAAGUUCUCAAGCCACAGUUGCAACCUUGCUAGAAGAAAUAAUAAUGAAUAAAAACAUUUCUGUGAAAGAGAAGAAGAAGAAAUUAAAGCAGUUUCAGAAAUCCUACCCUGAUAUAUACAAAAACCGGUUUCCAACAGCUGAGAGUGAGGCAGUGGUUUUUCCUGAAAAAUCAAAGCUCAAACCACAGUUCAUGUUUUUCUCAAUGAAGAAAUCAUUUCAGCCAUUUAACAGAACCCGGAGUUUCAGGAUGUAAUACCUGCAUAACUGUGGCAAGCUGCUGCUAAUGAUAUUUUCUUGGUUAUUGACCUCAGUUCUUAAUUCUGUGCUAAUGGUAUUUGAAGAUCUGUGGUGCUAAAAGUGAAUGUUACAUUGCAAAUUAAGCAAUAAUUUUCAGUCACAUUUUCAGAACCCUGUGUUACUUAUUGAACAUAAAUAGUUGAAAUUUGAGAAGCCAUUCACUUUUUUUGAAUUUAUUCAUUGAGUGCCAUAUAUAGCCAGUUCAGUUUGAUCCAAUAACCAUUGUGUUAAAGGAGAAUUGUUUGACACAGCAGAAAUAUAAUUUUGAGUAUUAUGCACCAUUUAUUGAUGUAAGUAAUUAACUAAGCAAAUAAUGUUGGCAUAGGUGUAUUCUCAGUGUUAAUUUCUGUGUUGCCUUAGUCCUAGUUGCAAAAUGACAGACAAUAGAUAUGUUUCAAGAAAGUGUUCCUCAUUCCACGAAAAGCUAGGAAUAUCAAGAACCUACAUGGGUCCAUAGCAUAAUAAAGUGUGAAGCUGGAUGAA